UAAUGAUGCUCGAGCAACAGCGCGUGUCCUUUGCAAGGGAGGAAGCGAGCCGUGGAGGGCUUCCUACUGGCGCGUCCCCUCUAUUCGCAGCUGCCAAGGCUUUGAUCCACCACAAUGGGGAAGAACACGAGAAUGUUAGAGAUCAUCCUAGUACUCGUGGAGCAGAUCAUCAAAGUGGUGCUUCAUCUACAUCUACUUCAGGAGUAGAUCAAGUUGAUGGAGCAGUUCGGGGAGGACUUCAGGCUGUUGUUAAGGCUACAAGAAAUCUCCCACUUUCAGAGGCAUCUUGGUCCCGUUUUGAAAGGGAAAACGAGACCCAAGAUGCUUCUGAAAAUGGGAGAUUUCUCUUAGUUCUAAUGUUGUAGAGGAUCAUGGAGGUAUUGUUGGCCGACUGGCGAAUCGCGCGGGACUCGAUCCCGCCUUUGGGGAGAAAUUUGUAGGUGCAAUUCCCAUCCUGGGUCCUUCUUUGGAUGCCUCGGAUCCGGAGAAAGCCAUGCUGGAAAAAGUGGGAUUCUUACCUCCACCUCCACCUCCAGCACCACUUGCAACAGCAAGAACUUCUACUUGUUCUAGCACAAUUAAUACUCCUGCGGGUCGUCUUGUUUCCCUUUCCUCAGAGUCUUGUUUCCCCAGCACAAGAAUUGGAGGAGGUCUGGUUUGUUCCUCCUCUGCUGCAGGUAGACACCGUAAUAUUCUACGAGCCCAGCGGGUCCAUCGGGCGAGCACAGUCACCUGCGCCCAUUGCGAUCAUAAGACGAGCGUCCAUGCAGCAUGCUGGGAGCGGAUGCGUCUCACAGAGGGCGGCGGCGACGCCCAAACGCGUCCAGUACGGAACCCACUCUAUGCCACCUCGUUUUCGGGAGACUCCUUAACCAAAGCGCAUUGUCCAAUUUGUCGCACUCCAGGAGGGUUAUCAGGUACUACUCAUAUAUUUAUAGGUACUUUUUUGAUGUAGUUCCCAUGGUUAUGAUUCUCUCGUCCCUCUGCUGGUACCAACUAAGCUACUAUACGUCAGUUUUUGUCUCCACUUCAUGAGUCUAUUACUAAUUAUCAAUAUGUUUCUUGUUUGAUAUCCACCUCUGAGGUUACUCGCAAAGGAGCUGGAACGCUCUAGUUCGGGUUUUGUUUCAGAAGCUGCGGCUAGCAAUGCCGGAUGACAUGAGGGAGACCGUGGGAUUUCUUCCCUCCACGUGGUUACCAAAGAACACAGCGGCAGGUCCGAUCCGUCUGACGCGCAGCAAAGUGGAGCGGCUGCGACUAGCGCUGCUCGCUUCGCCCGCCUGUGCGCCGCACAUCGAACAGGCCGCCGCUAAGGCCCCGGCGGCUGGCCAUGUUUGGGAAACACAAGAAGCCCAUGACGAGUACGUAAAAUUAAGGCUCCUUCGAGUACGUUAAAUUCAUUGUGAAGAAUGAAAGGCAUGAUGAUCUUUUUCUUUACCACGUGGUUUUCAAGGGGGAAGAAGGUCGUCAAAUAAGAUGCACCCCUUCAGAGUGAAUACUUCUUGGUACUACUAGGUCUUCCUCUUCUAAUAAAAUCCGAGGUCCUUCCUAGUAAAGCGAAGGCAGCGACCGCAAGAAAAGCGAUCUGGAUGGCUCGGCCAGGCCUGCGAAGAGAGCAACCACCUACCGAUCAGGAGCAACUACGUCUUCCUCACAGUGAUCCGUGGUCUCCGCGGUUGCCUCCGCAGCCGCCCUUGGCGGCUGAAAACGAAGAAGGAGCUGCGGAAGAAGCAGCUUACAACGAAGGUGUGAGAGGAAUAGACCAAGUGACCUUUGUUCAAGAAAGUACUGCAGCAGCCUACGAGGGAGGUGGACGAGGAGUUGACGGCGCCCAGGAUGGACGAGUAUACAGUGGCGACGAAGUAGACGAGGAAGAGGAAGUAGACAGCAGAAUAUCUUCUUCAGAAUCUGACUCGUCCCCGGAAGAGGAACAAGAAGGCCCUCUUAGUGACGAGGUAGACUGGGAGGAGGAAGACCCGGAUUUUGCGAGGAUUUUAGCGCAUUAUCGCCGCGACAUAGCACAGGACCAAGCAGCACAACGAGAAGGACAAGAGGAGACUGAAUUUUCACAAGUAGACGUGGACGCGGACGGCGUUUUUUUUACUCCUCACUUUGAUGAAGAAACUGGUAUUGCGUAUUACACCAAUGAUUAAGGCUCAGCUAUAUAUGUCAACAUUUCUACCUCCAGUCAUAAUUUCUCCCCUUAUUUCCUUCUUAGGAUUGGGAGAAACGUAGGGAAGAAAUGAAUUGUUUUGAGCUCUAAGAUGAGGAGGCUGAGAGGAUUGAAGCAUGGGCUCGGCAAAAUGGUGGCUAUGAUUAUCCUCCCUCUCUUGGGGAUGGAGCUGGAGUUGAUAGUGCUGGCGAAGAUGGUGCUGACGAGGAUAGUGCUGACCAGGAGGACGGAGGAGGUGUUGACGAAGAUAGUGAGGAAGACGAAGAUAGUCAGCGGAGUGAGGAAGACGAAGAUAGUCAGCGGUGGUCGAGUGGCAGAGCGCGUUGGUCGAGUGACUUUGCUCCGGGUGGAGACACUGACCGCAUCUUAACGUUACUGAAUGAGCAUGCGAAGCCGAAGACCUCUUGUUAUGAACAAACGGACACGCUUGUGGAGGAGGUCAAAAUUUAGGGAAGAUUAGGGGAAAUUAUGGCUCCCUAAUUUUCCCUAAAAUUCGUAUGUGGGUUUAAGCGUGUCCGUUUGUUUCUAAUCUUGUUUUAAUGCAGCUGGUGCGAGUGUUGAUAGUUCUAAUAUGUUGAAUCCCCUUGAGCGUUUGGACAACCCGGAUUCGGUUACUUAUUUCCUCGUUGGUGUCCGCGACGUGGACGAAGGUGAAGCGGCUGGCUCUUUCUUCCUCCCGGCAGUGCCACAAGCUUACCAAGAGGAGUUCGAAAAGUUUGGACUCUACGACCUUCUCGGUGCUGCGGGUUCGCCUCCAACUGCCCGAUUCUGGCAAUUGGGACAGUGGACCGACAGCACGACUUCCAAGAACACGAGUUCAUCGGAAGAUGCUGGCGCAGCAGCAAGAGCAACCCAAGAGUGGGUGCCAUGGCACGGAAGUACCACCUGCGUGCAGGACAUUGCAGCUCACCAAUUGAGGGAGCUUUGCUUGCAGGCAUCAAAAACAACAGUGCAGCUGAAAGGUGAUGAAGAAGAUGUUCUUGACCCUAGGUCGGCAGCAUCAAAAACAACAGUGCAGCUGGAAGGUGAUGAAGAAGAUUUUCUUGACCCUAGGUCGGCAGCAUCAAAAACAACAGUGCAGCUGAAAGGUGAUGAAGAAGAUGUUCUUGACCCAGCAGCGCAGCUUCCUCCAGCAGCACGAGUAGAUCUGAGUGCUGGUAG